UGGCGGACCAGUGCCAUGAGAUCUGAUGGACCAACAAUUCCUGGGGACCAUAUCCGGCAAACUAGUUCCGACAGACGAGAUACCGAUGGACAAGAUCUGGUGGACCGGAAUCGCCCAUUAGUAAAAAGAGUCUUUAAUAUUGAUAAGAAGAUGCCUCUAGCGUUAUCCCAAAUGACAUCACUUCACGCUACGCCGACGAGCCUCACGACGCUUCGCCACUGUUCUCACCGCACAAAGCUAACGUGCGCUGCUACAUUAUCACCUCCGCCAUGGAAACAGAGCCGCCGAGUCAUCUCCGUCUCCUUCUUCCUCUCCCGUCUCCUCCUCUUCCCUAACGAUGCUAUGGCUGGUAGCUUAAUUGAUAAAUAUGUGAAGAGGAAAAAACUUGAUCCACUUGAAGCAUAUGUACCACCAGUGAUUCUAGCUCAGCUACAGAUUCAGGAUCUUGAGGGGUUUUUGAAUGAGGAGAAACCUGAAUUCGAGGCGUGUAGACGCCAAUUGCGGUCUGGUCCUGCUAGUUCUUUGCGUGUGAACAUUCGAGCUGUUGCUCAGUAUGCUUCAGAUGAUGGGUUUUCCAAAACUGCGACUGAUGAUGUUGAUCGUUGUUUAAGAGCAUUGGAAGAACUGGAUUCGUUGUUUUUACGAGCGUCUAGGAAAGAUUCAAAGGCAACUGUUGAGUUGAUGAAGUCGCAGCUUGGAACAGCGUUAACCGCUCUGGACAGCCUACUACAAACGGUUCCUUCUCAAGUGCUUGAUAGAGGGAAAGCAAUGGUGGAAGUCUACAGAUCAGCGUCUGAACAAGAUGCAGAUGUUUCAGACUCCUCGGAGAUACAGCAGCUCCAGUCCAUACUGUGACUGACAUCUCCACAUAGACUCUUACUACCCCAAUACAGUUGUUGAUCUUACAACUUUGGUAUCAAACUCUUCUGAUUUUAUGUAUAUUUUGUAUCCGUGUAAAACAUUUGCAUAUAUUCAAACCUGAAAAGUCAGCAACAUGACAUGAUCCACACA